CCAGGCGCUGAUCAUCGGGGUCAAGAAAGGCGGAACCCGCGCGCUGCUGGAGGCGAUCCGCGUGCACCCGGACGUGCGGGCGGUGGGCGUAGAGCCGCACUUCUUCGACAGGAACUACGAGAAGGGCUUGGAGUGGUACAGGAAUGUGAUGCCUAAGACCGUGGACGGGCAGAUAACCAUGGAGAAGACGCCGAGUUACUUUGUGACAAAUGAGGCCCCCAAGCGCAUCCACUCCAUGGCCAAGGACAUCAAACUGAUCGUGGUGGUGAGAAACCCUGUGACCAGGGCCAUCUCUGACUACACCCAGACCCUGUCCAAGAAGCCCGAGAUCCCCACCUUCGAGGUGUUGGCCUUCAAAAACCGGACCCUGGGGCUGAUCGAUGCCUCCUGGAGUGCCAUUCGCAUAGGGCUGUACGCGCUGCACCUGGAGAACUGGCUGCAGUUCUUCCCCCUCUCCCAGAUCCUCUUCGUCAGCGGGGAGCGGCUCAUCGUGGACCCCGCCGGGGAAAUGGCCAAAGUACAGGAUUUUCUAGGCCUCACGCGUGUUGUGACUGAGAAGCAUUUCUAUUUCAAUAAGACCAAGGGGUUCCCUUGCCUCAAGAAGCCAGAAGACAGCGGCGCCCCCAGGUGCUUAGGCAAGAGCAAAGGUCGGACUCAUCCUCGUAUUGACCCGGAUGUGAUCCACAGACUGCGGAAAUUCUACAAGCCCUUCAACGUGAUGUUUUACCAAAUGACUGGUCAAGAUUUCCAGUGGGAGCAGGAAGAGGUUGACAAAUAAGGCUAGAGAUGUGAGGGAAAGCUAGGGAGCAGCUGAGGAGACCCCUUACCUGAGUCCCAAAUCCCCAGGGUCGCAGCCUCAGCCUUGUUGGAGUGUCACUUAGGUCUCCCCCAUCUUCCAGCUGGGAUCGCUUCCCUACAGAGCAGCCAGGCCUGCCUGGGCAGCAGCAUCUGGUUGACCAGAUGGCCACCAGGAUCUACUGCUAAUUCUUGUCUUCUACAGGUGAAUAGAGUCUGAAGACAGGAUUGAAUAGCUGUCCAGGUCAGAGACAGUGCCAUGAAUAUUUGUUUAAGUGAAACAAAGAAAGGCAGGUCUAUUUUUGGGGCUCUCACUUUGCUUUGGGAAGCCUGAGUUCUAGCCCUGUGUCUGGCCCAGGCCUUGCUGUAUGAACCCUGCUCUGGAAUCUCUCUGAAAUGCUAAUUGUGGCUGAGUGCUCCAGGACUCCUAGGGAAGGGGCCUCGGCCAAGGUGUCUCUGGCCUUCCUGAAAGAUCUCAUUCCACAACCCUGUGACUUCCUCCCUCCACACCUUACAAAGGGAGGGGCAUGCACAUUCCUUACCCAAAAACGCUGACUCCCCUGGAAACCUUCCUUCUAAGAGUCCUCCAAGGCGGGCUGGGUCUCUCUCUUCAUGAGCACCCAGGGCGCUGGAGCUCAGCUCCUGCCCUCGUGUUAGAUUCAGCCCCUGGACUGCUCUUCUAGCAGCGAAGCUCAGAGCCCUGAGCUUGGUAGAGGUGAAUGCCAUCUCUGGGAGCGAAAAAAGACAGCCAGUCCUCUGGGGGGGAGGUCUCCACACCUACAGACCCUCUCCCCAAGCACCCUGGUUCUGAAACAUGCUUUUGGGGUGGGCUCUGUCCCUCAGGGUCCCCAGAAGGGCAAGGACCAGAAAGUUGGCAUGUCUUAUGUUCUGAAUAACCCUUAGCCACACAGUGAACAGGGUACCAGUCACCAUCGUCUAUUUGCCCCACCAUCUGCCCUCAUGGUCAUCUCCUGCUUCAUUUGCUCUGUUCACAGACAGCACAUUUUGGGGAGUGACAAGAGGGCUGACUCCACUUGCCACAUCGGUUUAUGGGGUGGGGGGAGCAAGGGCUGUCUGGGACACCCCCCUUCGAGGGCUACUGAUUAAAGUAUCCCUUCCCAUUAGUCGUGUUUGAUU